CUCAGCUCAGCGCAAUAUUGACUGAACUCAUGUUGCACGCCGCUUUAGGGUUUGCUUGCAGUAGCGUUAACACAAAAGCAUUCGAUCAUUCCUUCUCCAAACGCUGCGUUUUGGUCGAUCUCUGAUUUCAAGGACCAUGGCUUCUUUUAUGGAGAAAAUGUUAAUUUGUGCUGUAGUAGAGUUUGAUUUCAACUGGAAAUUAAUAACUUCAGGAGCUACUUGCUUUACUAUUAACUGAUGGACACUCACUGGAGAAUGCCUUUUAGAUGUGAAUUGCACAAAAGUGAUUAUUUUUAUCAUUAUUUUGCUCAGAAGUUGUCUUGUAAAGUUAAAAAUGGGCAGCAAGACGGUUAUCAAAUGGUCAAAGCAAAUCAGAUCAGCCCAAGUUGCGCAAUUGAUAAAAGCAGAAAGGGAUAUACAGAAAGCUAUUGUCAUAUUUGAUUCUGCAACAGCAGAGUAUACUAAUGGGUUCCGGCAUAGUCACCAAACAUUCAGUCUUAUGAUCUCUAGAUUAGUGUCUGCAAAUCAUUUCAGAUUAGCUGAGGAACUUCUUUGUAGAAUGAAGGAAGAAAAAUGCAAUAUUACAGAGGACAUAUUCCUUUCCAUUUGCAGAGCCUAUGGUCGGGUUCAUAAGCCACUGGAUGCUGUCCGGGUUUUUCGCAAAAUGAAGGAGUAUGAGUGUGAGCCCAGCCAAAAAUCAUAUAUUACAGUCUUUGCUAUUCUUGUUGGUGAAAACCAGUUAAAACUGGCUUUGAGAUUUUACAGAUAUAUGAGAGAAAUGGGUAUUCCACCUAGUGUUGCUUCCCUAAAUGUUUUGAUCAAAGCCCUCUGCAAAAAUAGUGGAACAAUGGAUGCUGCUCUUCGGAUAUUUAGGGAGAUGCCCAAUCGAGGAUGUCCUCCAGAUUCAUAUACGUACGGUACUUUAAUUAAUGGGUUGUGUAGAUUGGGAAAGAUUGGUGAAGCAAAGGAGUUGUUUAAAGAGAUGGAGACAAAAGCUUGUUCACCGACUGUUGUUACCUAUACUUCUCUCAUACAUGGUUUAUGCCAGUCUAAAGAUUUGGAUUCAGCUAUUAGGUUGCUUGAAGAGAUGUCAAGCAGGGGCAUUAAACCCAACGUUUUUACUUACAGUUCUUUAAUGGAUGGUCAUUGCAAGAGUGGGUGUUCAUCACGAGCUCUGGAGUUAUUGGAUAUGAUGGUUAGCAGACGCCAUUUGCCCAACAUGAUUACAUACAGUACUUUAGUCCAUGGACUUUGUAAAGAAGGAAAGCUUCAAGAAGCUGUGGAGAUUCUUGACAGGAUGAAGCUCCAAGGCUUGAGACCGGAUGCAGGAUUGUAUGGGAAGAUCAUAAGUGGCUUCUGUGAUAUUUGCAAAUUCCAUGAGGCUGCAAACUUCCUUGAUGAAAUGGUCCUUGGGGGGAUCUCCCCAAACCGACUAACUUGGAGCCUUCAUGUUAGAAUUCAUAAUAUAGUGGUCCAAGGGCUUUGUACUGAGCAUCCAAAUCGAGCUUUUCAGUUAUAUCUAAGCAUGCGGACAAGGGGCAUUUCAAUUGAUGCCAAAACUUUUGAUUCUCUUGUGAAUUAUUUCUGUAACAAAGGUGAUCUGCACAAAGCUGCUCACCUUGUUGAUGAGAUGGUGCUUGACGGGUGCAUUCCUGAUGAGGUAACAUGGAAUGCUGUGGUAUGUGCAUUUUGGGAUCGAAGGAAGGUGCGGGAAGCUGCUGAACUUGUACAGGUUGAGCUGAUGGUAGAGCAUCGGAAGAUGGGACCAGAUAAUACAAAUGAUCUAAUCUGGAAAGUGCAAGAAACAGAUUCAAGCCUGUGCUUCCCUCCCAGAGUGGGCACUUAAGAUUCAGUAAUUCAUGCGCAUUCAUCUUGGUCAAGUUCUUUGCAUCUUUCUUAUGUGACAAAUUUCAUUGAGGGCUGGUUAAGAGCAGCAGAGCUAUAUUUAGAAAAUGCUGCAAACUCCUGAAAUUCCACAGCUUUAGAGCACAAUGGUCUAGAAUCCUCUGGACCAAUUUGUCCACUGUACUUGGAUCAAGAAAGUAUUCUGUCGGAUAAUAAGAUACUCUGCAUUUUUGGGUAUGUUUUAAACUGUAAAGCUAUCAGUCGAUAGUUGGCCAUCUUAUUGAACAUAUGUAAACUGAUUGAACCUUACAUAAUCAAAUAAUUUGUGAAUAAAGUCAUUAAUUUUAUGAUUGAUUUAAUUUUUUUCUAGGAUUUUGAAAUUAUGCUUAAUAUUUCAACAUAUGCUCCUGUCUGUUGCUUGACCCUUGCUCAAAAUUUAUCCCUUUUUUCCCCUAAUAUAUUGCCGAAAUUCAAGCCAACUUGUUUAACACCACAUUUCCUUGUGUGUGUGUGUGUCUAUUUCUUCCAAUUCCAGACCAGUUCCUUGUAGUUAUUUCUUACACUGAAUUGUCUCUGAAACCUAUCAUAUAAGUUUGAAUUUUCACAGGGAGGGCCUUGGACUACAUGCAUGAUAUUUCUGAAUGCGAAGUCCUUCAUACGAGCCGCUCCAAUU